AUGGGCUGCUGCCAAUCCAUCGAAGAUGCAAAGAUACGAAAUGAGCAAAUUGAAGGCCAAAUCAAACGAGAUAGACAUCAUCUACGCAAAGAAGUAAAGAUGCUGCUAUUAGGCGCUGGAGAAUCCGGGAAAUCAACUAUCCUCAAGCAGAUGAAAUUGAUUCAUGAUGAUGGGUAUUCAGUAGAUGAACGUGAAGCGUUUAAGCAGGUUAUUUACUCGAAUACGAUACAAUCAAUGCGUGUCAUUCUUGAAGCUAUGGAUGACAUGGAUAUCAACUUUGCACAUCCCGACAACCAACAACAUGCCAACACCGUACUUGAAAUGCCCAUACAAAUGGAUGCUUUGCCACCUAACGUAGCCCAUGCCAUCCGAGAACUAUGGAAAGAUCCACAAUUACAGCAUGUUUAUGAACGCAAUCGAGAAUACCAGCUUAAUGAUUCCGCUAAAUACUACUUUGAUUCGAUUGAUCGCAUCGGUCAUCCAUCAUAUGUCCCCACUGAUCAAGAUGUUUUGCGUUCACGUGUCAAGACCACUGGAAUAACGGAAACAACUUUUACCAUUGGCGAACUAACGUAUCGCAUGUUUGACGUGGGUGGUCAAAGGUCCGAACGUAAAAAGUGGAUCCAUUGCUUUGAAAAUGUCACCGCUAUUAUCUUCCUUGUGGCCAUAUCCGAGUAUGACCAAGUUUUGAUCGAGGAUAGAGCCGUGAAUCGUAUGGAAGAAGCUCUCACGCUGUUUGAUUCCAUUUGUAACUCUCGAUGGUUUGUCAAAACAUCCAUCAUUCUUUUCCUCAACAAGAUUGAUAUCUUCAAAUACAAGCUGCGAAGGCACCCACUAAAUGUCACUUUCCCAGAUUAUAAAGGCCCAAACACGUAUGAUGCAACAUGCAGUUACAUUCUCAAGCGAUUCAUCGCGCUGAACCAGUCCGAUAACAAGCAAAUAUAUACCCAUUUCACCUGUGCCACCGAUACUAAGCAAAUGAAGUUCGUCAUGACAGCAGUCAACGACAUAAUCGUGCAAAGCAACCUUAGAGAUGUAGGCUUACUAUAA